AACUUGGUGAGAAAGUUAAUGAAAAAACAAAAGAGUUUGGUUGUAUUGCAAGACAAGUAGAGUGUGAUCUGAGUUAGGGUAAAAGUGAAUAAAAGAAUGAGUGAAGGUGGUGCUGAUCACGGUUCUUCUCCAAAGCUUUAUAAUCACAAACCCAAAAUAUCGCAACUGAAGCAAUUUCAAGGGCAGAAAUCGAACGAGUUCUCUUCGCAGUCGUCGAUGGGGGCACAAACGGCUCCUCCUCCGCCGCCGCUACCUAAGGAACCCUUUAUUAAGCACUACAAGUUCUUUUUUCCUGUGCUUUUGGCUGGUGUUGGAGUUUAUUGGGCUUUAAGGACAAACACAAAGAAGAAAGAAACUGUGGAUGAUGAAAAAGAUGCAACUCCCGUUUCGAUUAAAGAUACUACUGCUCCUGUUGUCAAGACAUCUGUGUCCCCGCCCCUAACUGCAAAUACUGUGAUUAAAAGAGAACCGAUUCCGGAAGGCCAACAACGUGAACUCUUCAAGUGGAUAUUGGAAGAGAAGAGGAAGAUCAAACCAAAAGAUUCAGAGGAGAAACAGAGAAUUGAUGAAGAGAAAGCUCUUCUUAAAAACCUUAUUCGGUCAAAAUCUAUCCCAAGUAUCUAACGAUGAUGUUUCUCCUAUCUUUGUCCAAAGGAAAGAGGGAAUUUUUUUUUUAAUUUGAAUAUACUUGAGUUGAUUCCUUCAAUGGUUCACUUUUCUGGUUGCUUGGUUGGUUGAUGAGUUUUAGACUGUACAUAUUUUUUUAGAUUGUCAUUAUUUGCAAUUUGCAAAUUUGGGUUUGACUCAUGGGUUCUUUCUUACUAGACAAUUGUACAAGAAAUUGAUGGCACAAAAAAAAGAAAGAGCUAUACAUUACAAAGGUAGUUUACAAAAAAGAUGUGAUGGAAGAACCCAUUACUAUUGAUCAUGUUGGUCCAUAUUCACCAUUUUACUAUGUAGAAAAAAUCGAAUAUUUUUAUUAUGCUGCCAGUGAAAGUUGGAUGUUACCUUUUGCUUGCAAUUUGAAAUAAUGAAAUGAUGCAAUGGAUGUGAAUGAAA